ACCUCACCGGCUCCGAGUUCCUCAACACGCACAUAUCACCCUCCAAGAUCUUAUUCUUAAAAAAAAAAAAAUACUGCAAUUCAUUAUCAUCUACUAGAAUUUCAAUCUAUUAUUACGUCAGGUCGUGUGCGUCUCGUUUGUUUUUCCCUGCAAAACAAGAAGAAAUUUAUUGUUAAACACAUCAUGAGGAUUUUCUUAGCUCUCUUCAUCUUAGGGCACGCAUUGGCGGGACUUCCGCACGGCCAGUUGUCGGCUCAAAUCAACGCGGAUAAAUUGAAACAUCACGAGAGACUACAUCCGAUUGUGGUCCAGCAAAAGACGCCCAAUGUUCCGGGUUCCGGCAUCCGCAUUCUGCGUCAACAACCGGCUGGCUAUCAGUACCCACAGCCGACCCCUUCCUUCUUCCUUCCCACACAAGCCAGCAAUUCAGUACAAACGGCAGUGACGCUACCCCAACAAUUAGUUCCAGCAUCGACCGCACCUCCGCCGACGUUAGCUCCGACCUAUCCGACGACGGCUUACCUGCCGCCUACCAGUGCGCCCACGACGGCUGCCCCGCCUCCGCCAGAGGUCAUCAUCGUCGAACCCAUCCGACCUGUGACCAUCCCGGCCUUCAUCGCUCCAGCCACAACGGCUCCGAUCACUGUGCCGCCCGUUAGCGUCACCCAACCGUCCAUCCUAUCGUUCAUACCUCGUCCGACCGUCGGCCCGGUUGUUGUCGAACCGCCAGCGAUGAACAUGGCUCUGAUGCCGCAAUUGCCCACCGUCCAAAUGGCCCAAAUCGUCUCGUUGGAUGUCGAUUGCGCUAAAGAGUCCAUGGUCGUCAAAAUCAAAUUCGAUCGCGCUUUCGGCGGUCUUAUCUACUCCAAGGGUUUCCAUAGCAACUUGGAUUGCCAUCACGUGCGUUACGGAACCAACCGCGAUUCGUAUGUGUUCACCAUCCGUUUGGAUUCGUGCGGAUCGCAAUGGGUCGACGCUUUGGCCAGUGGCGGACAAGCUUAUCUAGAAAACGUCAUCAUCAUUCAAAACGAGCCGGGCAUUCAAGAGAUCUGGGACACUUCCCGCUCAAUCCGCUGCUUCUGGGAAGGUUCCCUGGAGAAGACGGUCACUUACGCCUUCAACAUCGACAUGCUGGACACUCAGAUCGUCAGCUUCAGCGGCGAUUCGGCGACUGCCAGCAUGGACAUCCAGAUUGGCAAGGGACCGUUCGCUCCGAGCGUCAACGGACUGGUCAAGAUUGGCGAUACUUUGACGAUGGUCAUCGCCAUCGAAGGCGACCCAGGUUUCGAUGUCCAGGUGCAGGAGUGUAUCGCUCACGACGGCGACCGAGCCAACGCUGUGACGCUGACCGACAAACGCGGCUGCGUCCUCAAGAAGAAACUGAUGGGACCUUGGCAAAAGAGCAGCCAAACCGGCCGGCCCGGCGUGUCUCUCGUCGCCUUCUCCUUCUUCCAGGCUUUCAAAUUCCCCGAUCAAAUGGAAGUCUUCCUCGAAUGCAACGUCGAACUCUGCAAGAACGGAUGCGAUGUCUGCCCCGAUGACGCCAGUCUCUUUGACAUCCGCAGUCGCAAUCGCCGUAGCGUCAACAACUCAACGGCCGAAGUAUCGGACGUCCGUUUGCGCCGAUCGCUUCGCGUCAUCUCUAACGAGGAUAUUGCUUACAAACCAGAUUCGCAUUCCGUCGUGACUCUCACCACAGGCAAUCGUCUGACGAACCACGAGGACGUGUGCAUGUCCCUCAGCAGCUUCGUCGUCGGCCUCGUUGUGAUUCUCAUCAUCCUGGUCGUGUCGUGCGUCAUGACGGCCUUGCUCUGCGUGAAAAUCCGCUCGGCAACUGUCGGCACCGAGUCCAUCUACCCGCCAAGUUCCACGUACCACGCCUUUUCAUCUUCUGCCUCAAAAGCCUGAAACCAAUAAUUUCAAUUUGUAUACGAAACAUUUAGUCUUCAACUCCUAUCGUGAUUAUGUUUGAUAUUGUUCGCUACAUGCUGAUUGGCCAGGUGCGAUCGGCUCAUUGAAACUUGUGAAUAUUAUAGAGAUUUUAAUUUUUGUUGUAUUGAUUUCGGUACUAUGCUCAAUACACGACAACGAUUGACGUUGUUUUAUAUUUCAAA